AUGCUUUAUUUCUUUAUUUUCCCAUCAUCUGUAUCAAUUUCCAGACGCAACUCGCUCAACGCCGACGGCUACUAUCGUGAUCUCGAGAAAAUGCACGAACGUGGUCUUUUCACCACUGGUGUCAAUUAUAAUGCAGAGAAAAGCGAAGACUUCCUGAGCCUCAUCGAAAAAAUGCAAAGCAAUCGGUUGGAUGAUCAGAGAUGCGAGAUGCCAGAGCGGAAUUAA